AUUCAUAAGAUUACUUUAUAGUAACUAAAUGUACAGUAAUACCAGGAGUAGUGAUGAUAUUGCGACGAAUGAAUACUACUCACCAUGAAGUUGACGUAUUGUAUGAGAAGAGCACCGAUGAGUAUAUGAAGUGCUAGGCCGGCCCUGUAAACGAUUAGUCGAGACAUAGAUCCGAAGCCAACCAUGAUUCAUACCUCUUCUUCAGACUCAGACUCCGGACCGACCCUCUAUCGACCCUCUGGCAAGCUCGCCGGGAAGAAAGCCAUCAUCGUAGGGAACGACUCAGGGAUCGGUCGGGCCGUAGCGAUCCUCUUCGCGUUGGAAGGCGCUCGAGUAGUUAUCAGUUACCCCCCCGAAGAAGAAGAGGAUGCACAGAACACCAAGGCGCAGGUGGAGAAGGACGAGGGUGAGAUCCAUCUCAUCGCUAGUGAUCUAACCCAAGCCGCGAACUGUACCUCCUUAGUGAAUCGUGCCGUGACGGUCUUGGGCGGUAUCGACAUCUUGGUCAAUAAUGCGGCUACAAGGAAUGAGACAGGAGACAUCGAUGAUAUUACCGAAGACCAGUGGUCGGCGACUUCGCGCACCAACGUCGAUCCUCUUUUCCAUGUCACCAAGGCCGUUUUGCCACACCUAUCUAGCGGUGCGGCCAUCAUCAACAGCGCAUCGGUGGACACUUACAUCGGCACCCCUAGCCGCGUAGACUAUGCUGCCAGCAAGGGGGCCGUCAUCGCGUUUACCCGAGCGCUGUCUAACCAACUGGUGAAGAAGGGGAUCCGGGUUAACGCCGUAGCUAUCGGUCCCGUCUGGCCUCCUCUCGUCGCCACGGGAGUAAGCGAGCAAGGUCAAGAGGGGCAAGGUCUCGGGAACUCGACACCGAUGGAGCGGCUCGGACAGCCCAGUGAGAUUGCGACAAGCUACGUGUUUCUCGCGGGGAGCGAGAGCACGUUCAUGAGCGGCCAAACAUUACACCCCAAUGGAGGUAUUGUCAUGAACGGCUGAAAGGGGGUAUUUGUACGAACUUCAACAUCGGAAUUUGGAUAUAUAUAGUGCGUGGAGGGGUCCAUUCUCUCGAUAAUGGCUAUUAUCAUCACUAAUGCUCGUUUGGAAUGAUAUAGGGUCUCGGAGAAUGGAAGAUGAUUCGGCAUUUUGGUAUCUAUACAAUAAUAUUUAGCAUGCCACAACA